AAAGUUUUUUUGAAAAUCGCUUUAUUUAACGUUAAUGUUUAUGGAUACUACUUAAUCCGCUUCGAAUUUUAAACUAAGAAUAUGUCACGUUUUGAAACGCCGACAAAAAACGAGUCCUUGCUUUUAUAUAAAAUGACCAUGCUACUUUCUCAGGAAUUCCACUUAGAAAUAAUGUUGAUGACAUUACACAAAGAGCACAAAACCUUUCAGAAAUAUUAUUCACAAUCAAGCGAUUUUACCAGGAGAAACUUCAACAGCUGAUUGUAAUGAAAAUGCCUGAUGUUCUUCUGCUUGCUAAAGAACCAGAAAACGAAUUAUCAUAUUCAGAGAUGAGUUCAAUUCUUCUUUUGAUUUUGGGAUGCGCUAUUCAGUGUGAAAUGAAGGAAAAGUUUAUUGAACACAUAACUGAACUUGAUGUUACAGUGCAAAGAGGUUUAGUGGCUUAUAUUCAGGAGAUAACUGAAAAUCCUGAGAAUGUUAUUUCUUAUCCAGUAAAUGAUAUUCCUGAUAUGUCGUUAGAAGAUUUAAUCCCACUAUCUUUAAAUUUGUAUUAUCGGGUCCAACGUGUUUUAGAACAAAGAGAUGAAUAUGUUGAGACUAUUCUCGAUUUAGCCUUGUAUAACAAUAAUGAGGACACAAUGAAGGAAUCUCCAAACGCUCAUCCAUCCCUAAGCCCGCAUUCAAGUUUUCGUUCUCAAAACAUUCUUCAAGCCAAUCGUCAAAAAGUUUUUAAUUUGCAGUCUGAGCUUGAUGACAGAUCUGUUGCAGUAGCUGAAAUGAAUAAAGAAAUUAAUCAAUUGAAACAGCAACUUGAUAAUAUUCGGCGUGAAAAUAAAAGAUUGACAACUGAAGCUGCAUGGGUGACAACAUGUAGAGAUGAACUAGAUGUUGCAAAAACACAGUUGGAAAAUUUUAACAAAGUUAAUGCAGAAAAUGCAAAAAUGAAGGAGAGAAUCAGAGAACUGGAGUUUUGUAAAAAUCAAUACGAUGAGUUAAAACAGCAGUUUGAACUUAUAUACGAAGCCAAAGUGGAGUUAGAAGAAAAAAUGGCAGGGUCUUCUUCAUUGAUCGAUCAAUAUAGUAAAUAUGAAGAAACCAAUUCAAACCUACAAUCUCAGGUCGAUGCUCUUACUCAAGAGAGAGAAGAUGAUCAUAUAAGAAUUCGUGAGCUUGUUGACCAAGUGGCAAAGUUGAGCAGGGAGAAACAAGAAAGCAUGACAGCUUGCUCAACAAUGAAUGCUGAAUUGAAUGGUCUUCGAAUGCAGAAACAGGAUGAUGGAAUUAAUGUCCCCUUAUUGGUUGAAUACAAUCAAACCUCUUCUACAGACUUACUUCGACUGGAAAAAGAGAACAAACAACUAAGCCUUAUUAUUGAUAAUUUGAAGACCGGAAUACCUGUUGAUAAAAUUAAACAACUCAAAGAAUCAAAUGAACAGAUGUCUGAGAACAUAUUUCAAUACAAGAACAUGAUUACUACAUUGACUAAGGCAUUGGUUCAUAUCAAUGGAAACACUCAAGCACCUAAUGAAUGUUUGCUUUUGGAGAAAAAUGCUAACCGCGAACUUGGUGAUGUCAUUGGAAAUCAAAGUGAAAAAAUGGCUAAACUUUACAGUUCACAAGCUCUUUUCUUUAAUGAACUAGAAGAUAUUACUAAAAAACUAGUUGAACAGGGUCUAAUUCUUGACUUAGAUGUCUUAAAAGAAGUAUGGCAUAGUGAAUUUGGAAGUUUUGAAAAAAAGACUGGUCAAACACAUAUUCCUAACAGUUUGCAGAAUGAAGAAAUCCAAGAAAGAAUGACAAAUUUAUUGGGAGCAGCUGGUGAAAAUACAAAGAAAAUAAACAAGUUACUUGAUGAUAAAGUAGACAGGAUAAAAAGUCUUGAAUCAAAGAUUACUUUGAUAGAAGAUAAUUCAAAAGAACUUGAACAAGUGCAAGUUAACUUAAAAAAUAAAGAAACCAAAUUGAAUGUUUUACAUGACAUGGUAAAAUCCUCAGUUGAAAAAAUUCGUUCCCUUGAACUUGAGCUAGAGCGUUCAAAUGCAAGCAGUUCAUAUCUAGAACAUGAGUUAAAGCUUAAAAAUGAGCGUAUUAAUAUUUUAGAAGCCAGUUUAACUGAACUAAGUACAUCUGCCAGCAAUAUGCACACUGAACGAAUUGCUUUGUUGAUGAAAUCAUUGGACUUUCGUGAUAAUGAAAUUAAUGAUCUCAAACACAAAGUUGACGAGUUGAUGAAUUUAAAUGAGAAAUUAAGAUCAAUGAAUAAGUCAAAAUGUGAUGAUAUACAAAAGCUAGAAAUCCAACUUCAAGAAAUGAAUAAUAAUCAAAUUAAACCCAAUCAUUACGAUGAAAUAAAAUCUCUUCAAAAUGAUUUAAUCCAGAAAAAAUCGGAAAUUGAUUUGUUAGAGUUAAAAAUUCAAGAACUUGAAAAUAGUGUGAAUAAAUUGAAAAGAAUCAAUGAACAUAGUCAAGAGAAGUGCAUGCAAUUAGAACUCAAAAUUCAAGAUUACAAUGAAGUUGUACAAGAGAAAGAAAGAGCUUAUCGGCUGAUUGAUGAUAAAAACAAAAAAUGCUUAGAUUUGGAAAUGGAAGUUGACAGUUUAAACAAUGAAAAAAAAAAACUUGAAAGAAUGCUCAAACAAAGUGAUGAACAAUACAAAUUGGCUGCUCAAAGCUUGUGUACUCUUGAAGCAUCAAUUGUUGAUCAGAGCAGCCUUAGUAAACUGAUAAAGCUGAAAGAGAGUAAGUUAGAAAGCAUGCAGAAUGCAAUAGAUGAAAAAGAUGACUGCAUUGUGAAGCUUGAAGCUCAGUUAUUGGAUAGUGUUGGAAAGAUAAAAAGAAUUGAACAACUUAUUAAAUUAAAGGACGAAAAGCUUCAGCAAGCUGAAAAUAACAUGGAGAAGUUUGAUGAUAUUGAGGCAAAAAAUGUCAAAUUGAAUGCUCUAUUGCAACAAAAAGAGCAAAAGAUCCAACUACUAGAAGACAAUAUGGAUCAGCUUGGAGAGUUAGCAAGAUCAAAUAAUCGGUUGAAAGAACAUUCUUUGCUUAAAGACAAAAAAAUUGAAAAUCUUGAAGAGAGGGUUCAUACUUUAGAAGAAGCUGUAAAAAUGAAUGAAAUAUUGAAUCAUCAAGUCAAGACUAAAGAGGAAAAUAUUCUUUCGCUGCAGGAAAAAAUAUAUGAAUUGGAGCUUCAACUACAGAAAUCUGAACAAAUUCGAGAAAUUAUUAAAAAGAAUGCUGAAUCAGAAAUCCUAAAGCUUAACCAAGAGGUGACAGAAUUUAGUGAUUUUAAAGUCAAGAGACAAAUGAGUUUAUUACGAAGAGAUCAGAAAAUUACUAACUUAGAAUAUAGAUUAAACAGUUUUGCAGAAGAACAACAACAAAAGGAUUCAUUCAUUCAAGAUUUACAAUCAAAACUAGAAGGUACAAUGCUCCAAUAUCGAAAACUUGACCUCAGCAAUGAAGAGAAAGACCAAAAACUAGUAGAUCUUGACAUGAGAGUCAAAGAGCUAAUGCACACAUACAAAGAAAAUCAAAAACUUUCAAAAGCUCUUCAGAUAAAAGAAGAAGAAUUUCAUGAGCUUAAAAAAAAAAAUGAAGAUUUUGAAGAAAGUGGAAAGCGAAGCCUGCAACAACUUGAAAAUAAAGAAAAAACUAUAGUAGAGUUGCAAGAAAGAUUGCAAGAAACUCUCAUGAUUAAUAAUCGUUUAAAUUGUAGUGUAAAAGUCAGCGAAGUAAAAAUAAACACACUAGAAAAACAAGUACUUGAUCAAGAAGAGCUCGUAGAAAAACUGUCAUCUUCAAUAAAAAUUAAAGACAGAACAAUUGAGAGAAACAGCAUAAAAUUUAAGGAACUUGAAGAAGAGUUUAAUAAACAGAUAGCAGAGCUACAAAAUGAGUUAGACAACACCAAAAAAUUGGCAGACGAGUUACGGGCACCAAAUGAAAAGGAAAUUUCUACAGCAAAACAAAUUGCUGAUCUGUCAAAAAUGUUGGAAGACCAAGUUACACUUAAAAAAGAAGCAGAUUUAAGGGAAGCAGAACUCAAAAAAAUAAUUAAUGAAUUUGAAAACGAAAAGCAUAAAUCAAAAUUGAUUUUACAAGAAAAAGAUGGAGUUAUUGCUGAUUUAGGAAGAAGAAUUGAGGAGCUUCAGUUUACAAUUUCUGGAAGUGAUAAAUUGAAUUUCAUUUUAAAUGAAAAAAAUAAUCAAAUCACAAUACUGCGUCAGAGUUUGGAUGAGUUCCAAAGACUUAAUGCCCAACUUGAAACAAGAUUAGAAGAAGUAACUUCAGAACGCAACCGCUUUAUGACAGCUAUGAAGCUACAAGAAGAACGUUUAAAAACAUUAAAAAAUCAGUUAGAAGAAUAUGUCAAACUUAAUCAUAAGACAAGCAACGAUCUUCAACUUAAAGAAGAAACUCUUAUUUCUGUUACAAACAGUCUUGAUGAGAUGAAACGAAGAAAUAAAGACUUAGAGGAGGAUAUAAAUUCUUUAGAAAAAGACCUUCAUGAUUUAAAAAGUACUGGUAGCCUUAAAAACAUAACAAAUAUUACUGAAAAAAUUCAGUUGACAAAGCGAGCAAGAACUGAACUGCACAUUCAAAGAGGACCAAUUACAUCUUCUAAAAUGAUUGAAAUAAAAAUGUUAUCUGUUAAACCAGAAGAUGUUGUUAAGGAAAAAAAUGAAGUUAUUGAAAGACUUCAAAAUGAAAUUGAUAUUUUGGAGAAACAGAAAUCUCACAUAUCAGCAUUGAUGUCUACCAUUUCAAUGGAGAAUGCCCUGUAUCUUAGUGAAAACGAAUCAUUGAAAAGCAGCUAUGAGCUUCUUACUCUUGAUUAUGAAGCCUUACAAAAAGAAAUGAGCAAUGUAAAAAAUCAAUUUCAAGAACUUGAUAUAUCCGCUACUAAGAUUGCACAACGUUGUGAGCUUCUUGUUCAAAUGAAUCACACUUUAGAUGAGGAAAAUAAAGCUUUAAUUGAUCAGAAUAACAAGUUAAUAUUACAGAGUAAAGAGUUACUGUUUUCAACACUACAAUCUCGGGAUCAGUUUUUAGAUGAUGAAAGAAUAUUCUCUGACCAUAUUUACGGUUUGGAGAGAGAAAGAGAAAUACUUGCUGAGAAAGUCCAGGCCGCUGAACGAGCUUUACAAGAUACUGGAAAUAAAAAGAAAGGUGCUCUUUGGCGUGGAACAAAUAAAAUUUUCAAAAAAGUUGGUUUAAAAAAGAAGACAUCUAAUACAGAUAUAGGAGAGUUGAGUUUAUCCAGUGAUGGUCAGUUAUCAAACAGGCCAAAAAUAACAUCGCUAGACUCUGUAAUAAAAGCCCCAACUCCUACAACCAUACGUGGGUUAGUUUCUAAAGGUCGGGCAGACGUUACAAAUAUUGAUCAUGAAAAAAGACCAUCUUUUAUCAAUGAUAAUUCAUCCGAAAGUGAUACAUCGAGCAAAUACAGUUUUAAAAAUCGUCCUAAAUCAGAGUUCUUUGGUUUUAAUGACUUAGAAAGUCCUUUGAACAGAAGAAAAGAUUUAUUUAGAAGUUUAGAAAAUGUCAGUCAAUCUGGUAUCUCUUUUCAAAAUCCUCUUGACUUCUCAACUAGCUCCUCUAAUGAACGUUCUUUUCCUUCUCGGGAACAGCAUUUUGAAGAAUACAAAACGACAAGUCCUUCUAAAUCAUCUUCAAAUGGAAAUCAGUCUGAUAGAUCAUCCGUUGAAGGAAAUAAUACUCCUAUACAAAAAGUUCUUGUUAAACAAAUUACAACAGCAGAAGUUUUAAAAACUCCUAAAGACAACGAAAUUUUGAAUGAAUGCUUAGACUAUAUGGCGCGGGAAACGGAAGAUUUUUCAGAGCGAUCUCUAAGUUACAUUUCUUCAAAUGAAACAAAUCAGGCGUUUGAAGUUCAAGAUGAACACGCCGAAAAUUCUUCUCAUGAAAAAAUUCAACGUCGUUCUUCUAUGCCGCUUAAUAAUGACAACAGAUCCUAUGAGGUCCUAACAGACAAUCGUGGGACUUUUUUUUUCCAAAGAAGUGAUUCUGUUAGAAGUACUCGAAGUAGCAGUAAAUUAUCAAAUACUUCUGAAAAUAAGCGACAAGAAAAGCAAAAUAUAUUCUAUCAACGAGAUUCACGUGGAAAAAGUUUAUCUCCUCCGAUUCCCGUCUAUUUUGGGAACCGUGAGCACAGAUCUUCUUUCCGACGCUAUGAAAUUGAGCAAAUGGAACCUCGACCGCUUAAUAGUGAUAUUGAAAAAGAGUCAAGCAACUUUACUGACAUCAAUCGUAAUAAACAUAAAAGUUUAAAUUUAGAAAAUAGCGACGAACAUCAGAGCUCUUUCCGACGGAGUGACUCUACUCGUCAAAGCAAACGCAAAACUUGGUACGAAUACGGAAACGUUUAGCAUUUGUUCGUGUCUAGUGCAAAGUCAUUAUUUAUAAAAAUUAGUUUAAUUGCAAAUUUUUUUCAUUAAAAAUCAAAAUAAUAGUUUCAAUCUAAUUUUUUAUAUUAAUUUUUUUUAUAUACUUUGUUUUUAUCUAUAUAUUAAUUUUUUUUUUUUCUUUGUCGCCUGACCAACUUUUGUAAAGCUUUUUUACGUGCGCUAUUUUGUUUUUCGUUUAGUUGGGUUUUUUUUUUUAAUUUUGACCAUUAUUAAAAAUCACAGCAUGAAAAUAAGAUGUAUUAUAGUUAUUGUUAUAAAUUAUUGUCGUAUUUAUAAUAAUAAGGAAAUAUUUGGAACGCACUUUUUUUAUCAAUUUUUGUAUAAAUAAUUUUGAUGAAAAUUACUUUCUCGAGUAUUUAUUGCAUA